UCGGGACGGUACUGAAGAGCUGAAACGCCGGAGGAGCUCGGCAAAUGUUACCGUGGAAAAGCAGAAGAAAGGUAGCACCUUUCCUGGACCGUAAUGCUGCUCCUUGCAAAUUUCUAGCCGUUGUGUCAUAAUGACUAGCAACGAGUGUCCGCUGUCGCCAAUUAAUUCAAUUCUGUCCAUCCAGAAAAGACUAAAAAAAACAAAAAACAAACGCGCACAUCGUACCUACAAGGGAGUGUUCAGACAUUUCUGUUUAGAAAGCCAACCACCAGUUGAACUGUAGACGUCUGGAGAGCCUUUAUUGUUACCAUAUGCACCGCGUUGGAGGAUAAUGCUCAUCUCGCAGGGAAGAGCCACGUCAUUUGAAUCUAAUUCCAUCAUCCGAGUCGAAUUGAACAGAUAACGCGAAUCACCGUUUCUUGAUUGAAGUGGACGCAGCGGAUGACAGCCGAGACCUGUAAACAUCUGGAGCGCCGCUCCUGGAGGGAUUUAUUCUAACCUUGGACUUUUCUACCGUUGGACCUGCUUCUUUUGGAACUUUUCGAGCUGCGGAUCUUGAGCUGGUGCUUUUGGUUUUUUGUGCUGGGCGGUGGGACGACGCGCUUUGUGACCCGGCCUUGAGCACCAUACCCUCCCCCCACUUGCGUCCUUGCCUGUGGGACCCAGUGACCAUGCUGGCCGAGCGUCCGACGCCAAAAGGAUCAGAGCCCCGACCCACGCUCAGGCCCGCCGUGCUCCCGGCAGCAACAUGUCCCAGCCAGUGGUGGCCCGUCUCCACGACAACAGCUCCGGCGCAGGCGAGGCGCCCGAGCUCCAGCUGAGGUGGGCCGCCCUGCUCAUCGUCAUGGUCAUCAUCCCCACCAUCGGAGGCAACAUCCUGGUCAUUCUGGCCGUGUCGCUUGAGAGAAAGCUGCAAAACGCCACCAACUACUUCCUGAUGUCGCUGGCUGUGGCCGAUCUGCUGGUGGGACUCCUAGUUAUGCCAAUAGCGCUGGUCACCGUCCUCUACAACUCUGGAUGGCCUCUCCCCGAGUUCCUCUGCCCCAUUUGGCUUUUCCUCGAUGUGCUUUUCUCCACCGCGUCCAUCAUGCAUCUGUGCGCCAUCUCCCUGGAUCGCUACGUCGCCAUAAAGAGGCCCAUUCAACACAGCCAGUACAAGUCGAGAGCCAAAGCAAUGGUGAAGAUCGCACUGGUGUGGCUCAUAUCCAUUUGUAUUGCCAUCCCGAUUCCCAUCAAGGGCCUGAGGAACCAUCCCCUACCAAACGACGUCACCUUCAACAGCAACCACACCUGUCUGCUGAAGCCCGACACCUUCCGGGAGUUCAUCAUCUUCGGCUCCCUGACGGCAUUCUUCAUCCCGCUGACCAUCAUGAUGGUGAUCUACAUGCUCACCGUGCAGGUGCUGCGCAAAAAGGUCUACCUGCUCCGGUCAAAGGUCACUCAGCGCUUCAGCCCCCCGACGAUCUCCGCCGUGUGCCAGAGGGAGCAGGCGGCGGUGGCCGAAGAGGCCGCCAUGCUGGAGAGCAGGAUUCCUAGGAUGCAGGAGAAGCCCUGCGUGGCGGCGGCGGUCCUUAGCGCCCUGCCCGGGGACGAGGUCUCCUUCCGCAGAAUGUCCACGAUGGGGAAGAAGUCCAUGCAGACUCUGAGCAACGAGCAGCGGGCGUCCAAGGUGCUGGGCAUAGUCUUCCUGCUGUUUGUAGUCAUGUGGUGCCCCUUCUUUCUGACCAACAUCACCUCGGCGCUGUGCAAGACCUGCGACGCCAACGUCGUCUCCCGCCUGAUGGAGAUCUUCGUGUGGGUGGGCUACGUCUCGUCGGGCAUCAACCCGCUGGUCUACACCCUUUUCAACAAAACCUUCCGGGAGGCCUUUACGCGCUACAUCACCUGCAACUACAAAAGCGUCUCCGGCCACCGGCCGGCGCGACAUCCCAGGGCCGCGAACACGGACUGGACCCUGACGGGGAUUUCCUUCAGAGCUUCCGUGGCGGAGAACUCAAAGCUGUUUGUGAAGCGGGGCAUGGCCAACGGCAUGGGGGCGGUGGGCUACCAGAGCCCAGGCAGACGCCGGCAAGCGCUGCCCCAGGCGCCCGGCGGCGCCGUCGUGCUGGACACCGUGCUUCUGACUGAAAACGAAGACUUUAAGCAGGUGGAACAUGUGAGCUGUGUGUAGAGAUAUUUAAGGACUAAUAAAUAAAUGGAACAUGUGGAUCAACUUUUAAGAGCGAUUGGUUCUUUAAAGACAAAGGCUUGUCCUUGAAUAAAAAUAAAUCAAUUACACAAUUAUUGAGGACUUGGCUUGGCUGUUAAGUGAUUUCAAUAAAGACCUGAAUUUAACAGUAAAGUUUAAUCCUAUGGGAAUUAUUAACAUGUGUCUGCUGAGUAUGACAGCGGACAAGGACAAUUAGAGUUUGACAUCUGCAAGAUGACCAACAUCAGGAAAUUAAAAAUAUGAGCCAAACUGAAUGUCCUUGAUUGACUGUUGUAUAUUCCAUAUUUCCCUGCUCAUCCUUUCAACUUGGACAAUCUAAAUAUGGUAUAUAAUAUAUCAGACUACAUGCUUAUGUUUUAUAAGGACAAUACAACUCCUAUUUCUCGCUUCUUCUGCAAAGAAUUAAAAAAAAAAAAAAAAAACUAAUUGCACUCCUGAAAUGAUACUCUUUUCA